CGUUAGUUUAAGUUAAAGCCAAUAUCACAACAUGUCUAUUUCCAUGAUUGCACUAGUCAUAUUGUUUUUCGGAGGAACGAUAUAUUGCGAAGAUGUACAAAUUGAAUUCUCGGAAGAUGACUUUAAGUGUACUCUGCCUGAUGUCAAAAGUGAAGAUGACAAACUAAAUGUAACAAGAUUCAGAUCUGACUUCUCCAAAAUAUCUGAGGUUAAAUUUCCAGGUGUGAUAGGUCCUCUGAAUGAGAGACUAAUUUGCAAGAUAAAGUGCAUUGAUGGCAACUGGGUUGGUCCUCUCUGCUCCAGCACACCAGAUGGCCGGUUUCAGCCAAUUCUCCGUGAAUGUGUUUACCGCAAUGACCACCCCUUGCUGGUCAUUUCUUUUAGAAACUCCACCAUUGAGAAAGAAACACACUUCUCCCACGGUGCUACCAUAGUAGCGCGAUGCCGCAACUUCGGGCUGUACAAAAUGAAGGGGGAUGGCGUGCUGCGCUGCGAGAAUGGCGACUGGGCGCCGCGCUUCCCCGAGUGCGUGCCCACAACGCUUAUCACCAACUUCACAAGUGACGCGCCCCCAACGAUCGUCCACACUGUGGUCAGCGGGUCAGCGGUGGUGUCCGUGGCUGGCGAGUUAUACGUGUUCCCGGACAGUUCGCUGCGGCUCGACUGCGUGUCCAGACGGGCGCUUGGAGACCCCGAGUGGAGCUGGACGCAGGCGCUGGGCCACCAUACACAAGGCUGGUCGGAGGACGAGGGCGAGCGGGACACGCACUACCGGCUCACGCUGACCAAGAUGUCGGCGCGCCACAGCGACCAGUACAUCUGCGCGUCGCCCGCCGGACACACCAACACCGUGCAGAUUAAAGUUGUUAGCAUCAUAUGCCCACCGCUGAAGAUCUCAUCGGCGCGCGUGCGGCAGUUCGCUCAAGGAACAAGACUUGGGCACUCGGUGCAUUUCAGCUGCCAGCCGGGCUUCCACCUUAACGGGUCUGCUGCUCUUAUCUGUGGGGCAGACGGGAAUUGGUCGUCCCUGCCCCCGACGUGCGUCGAAACCUUCUGCCCUGUGCUCAACACCCUCGGGCCUCACCUGAGCGUCGUCGAGUACAACUCGUCGUACGGCGGCCGGGCCGUGUUCCAGUGUGCGUGGGGGUACCGGCUGGUGGGGCCCCCGGGGCUCGAGUGCGAGCAGGACGGCCUGUGGAGCGGCGACACCCCGCGCUGCACGGCUAUAUACUGCCCGGACCCGUUAGUUCCAGCGAACGGUCGUCUGCUCACACAGUCCUCCGCGAAACACGGGAAAUACCCAGUCGGCGAUCUCGUCAUAUACUCAUGCGAGGCCGAGUACCAAAUGGUCGGGGAGUCCUCCAUAGUCUGUACGGAGAACGGCUUCUGGUCGCACCCGCCGCCGUUCUGUCUGCAUCCCUCGGAGAUUAGGAAGGCGGAUACUAUUUAUAUUGAGAACACUACGCUUGUGCAUGUCGAGGAGUAAGAUAUGUUGUGUGCAGU